AUGGUUCAGAGCCCCAUGGGAAACUGUGCCAAGCGGCCCCGGCGCCGGGGUCCUAAGGACCCCUGCCAGUGGCCUGGCUCUCCCCCAGGGGGCCCCCGCCACAGCUUCAGCUCCAACCCUGAGGAGCAGGGGGGCCCCGGGUCAGGCAUCCAGGGCUACUCGGUGCUCAACAGCCUGGUGGGGUCAGCCUGCAUCUUUCUGCGGCCCAGCAUUGCCGCCACCCAACUCGACCGGGAGCUGAGGCCCGAGGAAAUUGAAGAGCUGCAGGUCGCCUUCCAGGAGUUUGACCGAGACCGGGACGGCUACAUUGGCUACCGGGAGCUGGGCGCCUGCAUGCGGACACUGGGCUACAUGCCCACCGAGAUGGAGCUCAUCGAGAUCUCUCAGCAAAUCAGUGGCGGGAAGGUGGACUUUGAAGACUUUGUGGAGCUGAUGGGCCCCAAGCUGCUAGCAGAGACGGCAGACAUGAUCGGGGUCAGGGAGCUGCGAGAUGCCUUCCGGGAGUUUGAUACCAACGGGGACGGCUGCAUCAGCGUGGCUGAGCUCCGAGCAGCCCUCAAGGUCCUUCUGGGAGAGCGCCUCAGUCAGCGGGAGGUGGAUGAGAUUCUCCAGGACAUCGACCUCAACGGAGAUGGCCUGGUCGACUUCGAAGAGUUUGUGCGAAUGAUGUCUCGCUGA